AUGACUGUAGCUCCAACCUACUCUUCAUCCGACGACUUCUACCAUCCACGUCGCAGUAACAACAACUUGAACAUGGAGAUUGAGCAUGUUAUGAGGAUGAUGGCACAAGCCACCCUACCUACCUCAUCUUCAGACAUUAACAACAACAGUUUGGGGGACAAAUCGAGUGGACUUAACCGGUCGACUGGAAUGUUCAGCUCAGUACCCACUGAUCAAUGCUUGUACAUUCAAAUCCCUAAAGACAAUGGGGGUGGAUUGUUCUAA